AACAUGUCAUUCUAUUUUUACUAAUCGUAAUACGCAGACCACAAAUUUAAAAGUUUUAUUUUAUAUUUAAAAAUAUAUGUUGCCUCGAUUGAGUUUUAGUUCCAAAUUCUAAGUGAAAGAUAGGUCGUUGAUAGCAGGAAUCAGAAUCCGAAAACGAGACCGAAAAAUCCCAACUAGUCAAGAUGAGUAUGCUUCAGGAGGAAAAGCCAGCGAGUGUCUUCAGCGUGGCAAAGCCACCGCCCAGUUGGGUGGAGUGGUGUGAGCGAAAUUCGAAGCCUAAAUCCCCGCGGAUUGUCCGUGAGAAGUAUGUUCCCACUCGAUGGCAGACCCCGGGACCGAUGACUAAAGCCGACUGGAAGUACUUCUACGAAUGGGCCGGCACGCGCGCCAUGCCGAAGGAGCCGCUGCCGGAGCCUGAGAAAUACGAUUUUCCGUGCGAAUCGAAGAUUUUGCCCUGUGGCAGGAAAACGAAGACCCCCGAUCCAGAGGAGAGGGUUGAGAGAUUGAACAAUCUUGCUAUGCCUCUUUAUCGGAAGAGCAGCGAGAAGCACCAGUACUUCUAUCCUACGCACCCCUACUCACCAAUAAUCGUCUGGGGCCAACCGCCGCUGCAUGACAAAGGACGGCCCUUCGACCCCCCGAAGAUACCAAAGUGCUUCCCCAACGAGGAACUUGAAGGCAAGUUUUGGGCCGAGCUGCGCUUCGAAGUUCGCAAGGCAGCCCUCAAGGCCAGGAUCUCGCCCCGAAUUAUGAGCAUCUCCAAGCCGAAGGUCAUGCCGCCCUACCCGCCCCACUGCGUAAUGCCGGAACACGUCUACGACGUGCUGGACGUGAAGCCGCCGCCGCGCAAGAAGUUCACGCCCCAGGGAUGGCGCCUCCACCAAAUCCGCCUCAUCUACCUAUCGAAGCCUGUGUCGCGACCCGAAUACGAAUAUUUUUAUAUGUAGUUUUAUAAGUGAAGGGGUUGACCCUUUUCUUUGAAAUUUUGCUGCUAUUAAAUAGACUUCCUUGUAACGUGGAGAAAAAAUA